CUCAGGAUUGGUGUGACAGAGGUUAGAGGGGCGGGUUUUAGUGCUAUUCUGGAAAUCAUCGCAUCUGUAUCGGCGAUGGGUGUGUGUAUGUGUGUGUGUGGACCCAGACAAAUCCAGUGAUUUAUCCUCACACAGUGUGUGUGUGUUUUUUUUUUAAAUACCUGGUGCUCAUCCGACCUAUUUGAAGAUUAAAAUCUAAACACAAUGGGUGGAUAUAGUUUCUACUCUUCAGGACUUCACUAUUAGUUUCCACGUAUAAUCCAUUAAAAAGUAGCCUCAGAGUCAAAGAGUUUACCGAAUCAGCAUGGCAAACAUAGAGGAGCCUCAAAAUGAUCAAGAGGGCAGCCCCCAGAUGAUUUCCCUAAGAUCAGAUAUAUCAGGAAACCAUGUGGAUGAUGGAGAAGUUGGGCCCUCCAUAAGGAGGAAGAGGAGGAAGAAGAAAGACCCUCGUCCGGAGUCCAUCAUCGUCUACCGCUCUGAAAUGGAGAGGGCACCCGGAGAGGACCAAGGCAGUGAGGAGGGAGCAGAGAGGAGCACAGAAGAGGGAGCUAAAUUCCUAUGCACGCCUACAGGCGAAGGAGGAGGUUGGAGCCUUCCUCCAGACAGCCGCUACGUCACCCUGACAGGCACCAUCACCCGAGGAAAGAAGAAGGGUCAGGUGGUGGACAUUCACCUCACUUUGACAGAGAAGGAACUCAGGGAUCUGGCUAAGUCGAGGGAACGUCUUGAUGCAGAGUGUGAGGCAGGGGAAGGCUCUAAACGCAACUGCAGCUUAGGCGUGUGCGAGGGACCCCAUGUUGUCCUGUGGAGCGUCUCCUGUGCACCCGUGGUUUUCCUCCUCUCCUUCAUCACCUCCUUCUACUAUGGCACUCUCACCUGGUACAAUGUUUUCCUGGUGUACAAUGAGGAGCGGACGUUCUGGCACAAGAUCACAAUAUGCCCUUUCCUCAUCAUCUUCUACCCUAUGCUUAUCAUGCCCAUGGCGCUGUCUCUGGCUCUGUACUCCGCUGUGGUGCAGGUGUCCUGGGCUUUCAGCGAGUGGUGGCAGGUUGUGAGAGACCUGGAGAAAGGCUUCUGCGGUUGGGCCUGUGGGAAGCUGGGACUGGAGGACUGCUCCCCCUAUAGCAUAGUCGAGCUGCUUGACUCUGAUACUGUUUCUGGCACUCUGCAGAGUAAGGCUCCGAGUGAACUCGCCCAGACAUCGUCAGUGUGAAGUGGAGGGGGCGCUGAAGUAUAAGACAUAUGUUGACGUAGGCUGAAGUCAAAGCAAUAUGACAAACAUGCCAGAAAGUUACUCAGAGGAAAGUAUAUGCAAGCUCUUUCACUAUACUUCUCUGUAAAUGAUAAAUUAUCAAACACUGCCUGACUUGUGCUGAAAUGCUGAACUACUACUUCAAAUUUUGUAAAACAUUAUUUGAUCCAGAUCUCGAUAAAUGAUUCCUCUGAGCCAUUUUUCACUUUUAAGUUCUCAAAUCACUGCGUCCUAUUCCUAAACAUUUCGAUACCUGUAGGUCUUGGUGCCACUUGAAGUAGAUAAACAGGCUGUGGACACUGAGGAUGAGCACACAUUGCUGGAGGACUGAAGGUUAAAAUUCCAAGUCUUACUUCAUCUGUAAAUAUCUGUAAUUAAAAUGUACAUGAUCACUGUGCUGUGCACUGACAUCAAAAACAGCCUUCAUUUCAAAGGCAGUGCUGUCUUGUAUGUGAAGUGAAGUUGUAUUUGAAGCAAGGCUGGAUUACCAACUGGGCAUUGAUUGGGAAAAUGUACCAUUGAGCUCAAUAUAUCUGGGUGAUGUCUUGUGAAGGGGUUCUGCGACAGCAUCUAGUUUUUUAAAGGAAAAUACUAUUUUUAUUUUAUGUUUCUUAUUGUCAACAAAUCCUGUGAAAAGACAAAAUGUGUCAGUCUGUCUCAUAUAAGGCUCCGUUGCCCUGUCUGUGCCACUUUAAUCCAACCCCACUGGUUCCUAGUAAAAAUGUAAAUCUUUAAUAAUAGGCCACAGAUAUACUGUUUAAUUCUCAAAAGAGGUGCAUUACUGUCCUAAAACAGCUGGGCACUGUAGUUUUAAGCAGAUGAUAGUCAAAGAGAGGUAAAUAGUACAAUUGUGUGGGUUAUUUUGAGUUGUGGUUGAUGCUCUAGUAGCGUGUAUUUUCAGCAGCAGGACAAUGUACGUGGGACUGACUCAGAGUAAACUAGAGUGUGUGUUCACAGUAAUGAAGGGAGAUGUCACCCAGUGAAACGCUGUGGCUCAUUGAUGUGUUCAUAGAUUUUGCACGUUUUUGCUCCAGGGCACCUCAGCAUGUUAAUCCAGCCAUGAUUUGAAGCCAUAGUCAAGAUGACAAAUCAGACGUUUCUUUGGUGAAUUUAUAUUUUUUCACUGUAAUUUUUUAAAAGUAUGUUUAAGGCACCAUCAACACAUAUGUUAAUCUACUUGUGUCAUACAAAUGAAGGUCUCUGUAAUUUUCCACUUCAGAAUUAUUGUUACAUUUCCAUGUCAUAUUUUUAAUGUUGAUUUAAUUUAUUUUAAAAUAUUUAAUUCCACACUCUCUGAAAAUGUUGUAGUUGUUUAUACUUUGUCACUAUGAAGUAAAUGUAUUGCAAACAGCCAUCAGUAACUGUAAGUUUAAUUUCACACAGGUACAGAUAUGGAUUGGGUCUGUAUGCCACAUUACAUGUUACAUAUUGUAAAACUACAGAAUGCAAAGUAAAGAAUUACACAAAUUAAAUAAAGUGCUAU